AUGAAGGCACCAAACAUGGAGACGAUAACGAAAUCUCUGGAGAAAUCGAUGGAGAAUUUCUCUCUGAGUGAUCGGAGAAGAAAAGUGAGAGAUGGGUUUGAGAGAUCGUCGUCGACGAUGGAAGAGAGCAACGAGCAUAUUCCUCCGAUCUCAGACAGAACAUUGGAGCUCAAUUCUCACUUAUCUCUUCCUUGUCACUGGGAACAGUGUCUUGAUCUCAAGACAGGAGAGAUUUAUUACAUAAACUGGAAAAACGGAAUGAAAGUGAAAGAGGAUCCAAGGAAGGUGAUGAUAAAUGCAGAUAACGACAGUGGAGAAUCUUAUGGAACUGUGUGCUCAGAAGAAGAUAGCUCGUAUUACGACAGCGAAGAGUCUUCAUCAGGAUCAUCUCCAUCAUCAAGAGAGAAUCAGAAAGAGGAAGAUGAUGAUGAAGAAGAAGAAGAUGUGCUUGUGGUUGGUGGAUGCAAAGCUUGUUUCAUGUACUUCAUGGUCCCCAAGCUCGUUGAGGACUGUCCCAAAUGUGCUGCACAGCUUCUCCACUUUGAUCGACCUCAUUCUGCUUCUCCUUGA